AAUCCUAACAGAAUUUCGGAAUUUUUCCGAUCAGACAACAGGGGACAUAAAAUUUAAGCAGCAGGAGUGAAAUGUCAAUUAAGGAUUGCAAAUUAAGUACUAAUAAUAGUUAAAAUAUAGCGAAUUGUUCUAAUUAAUUGACUUCAGAAGUUUGGUAAAACUUCAAUGUUAGUGUAAUAAAGGAAAAACAUCUGACAUCCAAGGGAAUAUCGCGGUGAAAACUAAAGUUCAAGUUGCACUUGUUUCAGAUAGUUGUUGUCCCGGAAUUAGGAUAAUAAAAUUUCUGGGAGGAUACAAGUCUAUUGAAGUUGUUAGUAAUGGAACCGCCUUGUACAUUUCAUCAUUGCGAUGAGGCUGUGAUCGCUACUAACGACGAUGCCAGCGAUUGUAAACGUUGUGCAGUUCGAUUGGGAUAUUGGAAGGAUGACUAUAUUGGAUAUUUUGUUCGAAAUCAAGAUAGAAAAGCUCCAGAGAUUAAUCGAGGCUAUUUCGCCCGAGUUAAAGGCGUCGAAAUGUGUAUAGAAAAGUUUCUGAAGAAAACUGAUGGAAAUUGCCAAAUCAUAAACCUUGGGUGCGGAUUCGACACACUAUAUUUUCGGCUGAAGGACACACCACAUCAAGUGAAGAAUUUUAUAGAAUUAGAUUUUCCAACGGUUACAGCUCGAAAGUGCUAUACAAUUAAACGCAAUAAAGCACUGCUAGCGAAAAUCCAUGAUGAGGAUGGUGAAGUUCGUCUUAGCACAACAGACUUGCAUGGCCCCAGCUAUCACCUGAUGGGCGUAGACCUACGAAAUCUUGACGAAUUAGACAAUAAGCUGCAACAAGCAGAAAUUGACUACAAACUUCCUACGAUAUUUCUUGCGGAAUGUGUGUUGGUUUACAUUGAAGCCCAAAAUUGCAAGAAUUUACUAAAAUGGAUUUCUAGCAAAUUUAUCACUGCAGUAUUUGUCAACUAUGAGCAGGUCAAUAUGAACGACAGAUUCGGAGAAGUGAUGUUGAAUAACUUACGCAGUAGAGGUUGUAGUUUAGCUGGUGUUGAAUCAUGUAUUUCUUUGGAUACCCAAAUAGGUCGAUUCCUGGAAUGUGGGUGGAACGGAAGUCGAGCAUGGGAUAUGGUACAGGUUUAUCAAAGUAUAUCCCCUGCAGAGAGACAACGGGUUGAAAGACUGGAGAUGCUUGAUGAAGCAGAGCUUCUUACACAGUUAUUCCAACAUUAUUGCCUUGUCAUUGCUUGGAUAGGUGAACUAUUUCAAGACAUUGAAAUAACAGUCGAAAAGCGUAUGUCAUCAUUGAACAUCGAUUGAAGGAGGUUUAGCAGUUACACACAAAUUUAAUGUGAACCACAGACCCAGUGUAAUACAUUGUAUGGAAUGAUGCUACUCGUCAUUGCUUAGUUAUCCCGGGAGAACUGUAUAAACAACUGCUACUUUUAUAAACGUUAUUUUUAUAUUAAAUGAAAAGUUUCAUGGCUAAUUGUGUACUUUAAAAUUGAACUAUUUAAAAUAUAGUUUUCCUGUUUGUAAGAUAUAAGCGAAUUAGCAAGAUACAUUUUUUAUGUAAUUUAUAUGUAAAAAUUUGUAACCAUCCAAAACAAAAAAUCCAUGUUAUAAUAUUUCUAAGUGUUAACAAAAUUUUUCUUAUGUUUACUUCCACAACUUAACAUCAUAUUUUUCUCCAUCCAGGUAUUUAUCUUAAUGUGUGCGGUGGUCAUCACUUAACAAAAUAAUCAAAAUUAAUACUGGUAAAGCUGAUGAGUUUAAAAAUCAAUUCAAUAUAGUAUAUGUAUAUGUGUAUAUGUAAGAGAAUAUUUUGAAGAUGGUAUAGAAAACUCCUUAAAUAAAAGUGUUUGCAUUGUAA